AUGACCGACCUACCCCAUCUCGUCUCCUUGUCUUCUAUACCUAAGUUCAGCAGUGGCGAGUCUGCCUCGCUCGCGCUCGUCGCCUAUGAUCUCUGUUUGACCUGCGUCGACGAGAUCGCGCUGGUAUGGAAAUCGCGAUGGAGCCCUAUCAAGAUACUAUACCUUUUGAACCGGUACACUCCUUUCAUCGACCUGACUAUGUGGUUCGUCGUCUCUGUUACCGUUCAAGAUCUGGAGAGGGACGGAACAGAGAUGCAUACUGACGCUCAAAGUGUGUACGUAUUCGGUGUCGUCGUGUCGGAAGUCAUCUUGAUGGUCCGGACAUACGCCAUAUGGAGCUUUACGUGGCGAGUGAAAUACUUUCUUUCUGCUACCGCAGUAGCCGUACUUGUACCAGCCAUUGUCAUUAUGAGGCAAUACCUGAAGACAGCACAAGCUCUCCCACAGGACAUCAUCAAAUUAACGGGUUGUACGACGGGUAGUGCCAGUGAUGAUGUCUGGAAGCUGUAUCUCCUUUUGACAAUUUCUGAGACCGUUAUCGUAACUUUAACGCUCAUUCGCUACUAUGUUGGGUAUCGACAACAACAGGGUCCCGGAAUAUUCCAGACUCUUUAUCGAGAUGGUUUUCUAUAUUAUUUCUAUAUGCUAGGUCGAUUCUAG